AGACGACUCCGAACUCUUCCGCGAACCACCAACAGCUGAAGAUCACGGCCAAGGAGAGCCCGGACAAAAAACUUAUAUAAUAACCUUCAACCGAUCGGUAUUAUUUAGUUAAGUGCCAACCUUAGUACGGUCAAGAUCGUGUGAUCUUCUGCGAGCAGUGAGUCCAGAAAAAGUCGACCACCAGCACUGCUAGAAGCAACUUUCUUCCCGGAAGGUUGUCUAUCUAGAAGCAGCAUAAGGUUUCCUGGUUCCAGCGAUUCCUGAAUUUGGAAAUCUGCGCCGAGUUCCCAGAGAUUUUUGUUCGAUAAAGUGCCUGUGUGCCAAGGGAAGUGUCAGAAAAGCUCUGUUGAAAAGCAACAACGAAGUUAAGUGAAAAACAGUUUUCUUUGCGCGGUCUCGCAGUGGAAAAAAACAUACAAAAAUUAGUUCCAAUUUGAAGUGCUUCAAGAAGCAGUGAAACCAAGAAGACAAGAAGAUAUAUCAAUCAAACACGGAAAAAACUACUGUUGGUGGGAUUUUGAGAAGCAAGAGUCACUCGUUUAAGAAGUGAAAUUCUUCGGAUUUCAAAGGCCAAGUCUCGAUAAGUUUUUUGCGGUGAGCAAAAAACCAACUGUCAAGACCAGAAGUGAAGUGCGAUACCACCAGUAUCUGUGAGUUGGGCUAAAGUUUGAUAAAGAGCGCCAGCAGUUCAGCAGAUACGACGAGUGCAGUAUUCGUAAAGAAGGCGAAAUCUCCUAAAAGGCAAAAAAGAGCACUUCAGCCAAUUAAGAUUACCAUCUUGACGAACUUCGUGUUGACACAAUAAACCAAAAGUAACAAGGGCCACAAUGCUACCCAGAUCGUUACACUCGAUCCUUCUAGCUUGCCUACUACUAGCGUCUGCGCUUAGUAUAGAAGGUGCCAAGCGACGAUCUCGACUUGAUCUUCCGAUCUCGAAACCAGCGGAUGCCCCGCUAGAGGACAACAUUGCCACCGCAUCCGGGUCGGACCCGACGUACGAACGAGCGGAUCCGGUGGCCGUUGUCGCGACCAAUGCCGCACCGACGGCCACUUCCACCGAGACCGAAGCCGGUGCCAACAGUUCCGGCAGUGGCAGCUCGGAGAACAGCUCGCAGAUGAUCGACGAGUACACGGACGAGGACUGCGAUCCAGACUUUGUGGCGUUCGAGCUGGUGACGGGGUACGUCUUCUCGGCACCGAACAAACUGCUCGACUCCAUCCCCGGGACGCUGAUGUUGACCGACUGUCUGGAAGCCUGUCAAAACAACGAUUCCUGUGCCUCCGUCAACUACGAAACUGGACUCUGUGUGCUGUUCUCGUCCAAUUCUGAUAAAUUGCCAGGUGCACUGACCAAGUCUCAGUUCCCGGUCUUCACCAUCUACGCCCAGAAGUCCUGCCUGAAGCUGCGUCCGUGCGAGCGCGCCUGGUGCAUCGACAGGGUGCAAGGUUACAAGCUCAAUGGCCACGUCAAGCGUACCGCUCAGGUCGUCUCGCGCCGCGACUGUCUGGAGAUGUGUUUGGGUGAAAACGAAUUCACAUGCCGGUCUGCCAACUUCUACCAGUCUACCAUGACUUGUGAACUGUCCGAUAUGGACCGCAUCACGCUGGCCGGUUCCAGUGCAUUCCAAGUUGCUGAGACAUCUGACUAUCUGGAAAACAACUGCGCCGAAGAGCCAACGAAACUGUGCGAGUUCAAACGUAUGUCCGGCCGUAUCCUGAAGACUGUCGAUUCUGUUUACCAGGACGUUGCCAGUGUUGACGAAUGCCGUGAAUUGUGCCUGAGCUCACCUUACCGUUGCCACUCAUACGACUACGGAGAUACCGGAGAUAUGGUCUGCCGCCUGUCUCAUCACAGCCGUGCCACCCUUGCCGAUAUUCAGGAUCCUUACUUAGAUGUGCCAGAAGCUGCCACCUACGAACUUUCCUCGUGCUACAAUGUGUCUAUCGAAUGUCGCGCUGGAGAUAUGAUUGCCAAGAUCCGCACUUCCAAAUUGUUUGACGGCAAGGUUUACGCCAAGGGUGCUCCCAACUCUUGCUCCGUUGAUGUCAAGAACUCGCUUGAGUUUGAACUGCGCAUGGCCUAUCAAGACAUUGACUGCAACGUUCGUCAAAACGGUCUGGGCCGGUAUCUCAACGACGUGGUCAUCCAGCACCAUGACACUAUCGUCACUUCAUCCGAUUUGGGACUUGCCGUUACUUGCCAGUACGAUCUUACCAAUAAGACUGUAUCCAACGAUGUUGAUCUUGAUGUUACCGGAGAUAUCGAACCAGCACUGUCCGAAGAAGUGGUUGUUGACUCACCUAAUGUUGUAAUGAAGAUCACUUCUCGCGACGGAUCGGACAUGAUGCGCACUGCCGAAGUUGGAGAUCCCCUUGCCCUGCGCUUCGAAAUCUUGGACCCACAAUCGCCAUAUGAAAUCUUUGUCCGCGAACUGGUUGCUAUGGAUGGAGUCGACAGCAGUGAAAUCACUCUCAUUGAUGCCCGUGGUUGCCCAACCGAUCAUUUCAUCAUGGGACCAAUCUACAAGAGUGCCAACUCCGGAAAGAUCCUGCUUUCGCAUUUCGAUGCCUUCAAGUUCCCAUCCUCGGAAAUGGUUCAGUUCCGUGCUUUGGUCACCCCGUGCAUGCCAACCUGUGAACCUGUGCAGUGUGACCAAGACGACUUCGCUGCCGGUGAACUUCGCUCUAUUGUGUCCUACGGACGUAAACGUCGCUCCAUCAAUGUCACCGAAGAACAUAGCUUCCGCCGCGAACGCCGUGAAACCACCCACCAGGCUCCUCAAGAUGAUAUGCUUCUUGUACAAUCGAUCCAGAUUACUGACAAAUUUGGAUUUGAGAAACAACAACAAGCUAAGCCUAAGAUCAGCAAUAGUGAGACAGUGUUCGUUGCUUCAACCGACUCUCAAGGCAUUUGCGUUAAUGGACUUGGUCUCAUUGUUGCCGGAGCCGUCUUCCUUUUGGGACAACUUGCUGUCAUUGCCAUCUGGACCUUCCUGUGGCAGCGUCGCAGGAAGCAGCGUCAGUUCGAAAGUGCAUCGAUGGGUUCGUCAGUCAUGCCAAGCCCAGCAAUGGUUGCCAGCCGAGGAGAUUCCAUGUGCAAGCUCUACGAUAGCGGCUAUGCCGGCAGGCAUUUCUAAGCAGUCUUUCUCCCCUAUCUAUACAUACAACACAUAUACCACAUAAGGCUGAUCUACUUCCACACCCCUGUAAUCCACAGAUUAAUGCCCUCCCAUAUCGAAACAAUUCAUUGCACAAAAAUCAUCAUCACAAGAUUCUAGAUCCCUUAGAGCACAUCUACUUGUUUUAGAAUUAGCAUAUGUUUUUCCUUGUUCAGCUCGGUUCGAGCUGCACGGAAAAAAGUCGAGCAACGGAACUGCCAUUUAAUGGUCUAUUUAAUUAUGUAAUAUUCUUCCCAAACCAACACCUUCUAAGGAAACAUUUUUGAUGACUAAUCUUCUUGUGUGAGAGACGAUGUUGGAGAAUAUCCGUAACUCUCACACUCGCGCGCCUUCAGUUUUCCUUGAAUGCUUACUUUUACACCCUUUCGCCUUAUGCAACGAAAGAAUCAACACUCCAUGUAGACGAAAAGCACACUAGAAGGUCUACACAAGAUUCAAAUAUCCAACUAAACUUUAUGUUUUACAUUCCCAAAAGGGAGAAUAGGACGACUGUAGUAUAGAAACGAAAUUUGCAUGAUACGAAUGACAGUGAGAGGAAUGUUUUGAAACCGAUAUAGUAUUCUAGCAAAAAAAAAACGAGUUAGUGUGGAUUGUGUGCCUGAAUUUGUUGUGUGAGUGUGACUUAGGUUUAACUAAUCUUUCUUUAGAGAAAAAACUGAACUCUAACAAAAUUCUGUUCUUCUAGCACAAGCAAUUUAUACUCGUUUGUCCUUUUCUCCCGAGUACUGGGCAUAGGGAAAUGACGAUUUUCCGCAAAGGCAAAACGGCACCUGCAGCUUAGAGUUCAAACAAACGCGAACAUUUUGGUUUAUUUGAGCUCCAUUGCACUCACACACACACACAAACUGUCCGGAUGCGGAAAAUCCGAAGCAAGCUCUAAGCUCAAUUUUAAGCAUUUAUCAUAAUUUAUUUUUUAUUCAUUAAUCCCCUACGUUUAGAAACUCUCAGUGCAGAUAAACAACGCUAGCUAAAAAUCUUUCCCACUCUGUUUUGUAAUUUAUUUUAGAACUACAGAAAUAUAUUCUUAAUAGUUACAAAUCGAAUGCAAUAAGAGAUAAAUAGAACAGAAAAUCGAAUUCAAUAUUAGUAUUUUACAUGAAACUAAACUAACUGACCGUACUUGUAGAUUACAUAGCAAAACAGAAUUAAAAUACAGAGACUUCCUUUAUUUCACUAUUCCAAGCUAUUUAUUUAUAGAUUCUUAGCUUACUAACCAUUCAUCAUCAAGCAUUAAUUGUGACUUCCUGAAUAGAGACACUUAAUACAACAAAAAAUAACAACAUUGCGAAACACCGAAUAAGAGUCAAACAUUAUUAUUUAAAACAAGAAGGAAAUGAGAGAACGAAAGUUAGUAAAAAUGAAGCAUAAUUUAAUGUAUAAUUUUAAGUACACAUUAAAUCGAACAAAACAUCGAUUCGAGAUCAGCGCGAGAAAUGAUCACGAAAAAGUAUAAUACAUAAAAUACAUAUGCAUAUGUUUUCUAUGUAUUCGAAAAACAACACAUAAUGUAAAACAUUAUUUUUAUGGAUAAAAAUAAAAUUUGAAAAUCAUA